AUGUUUAUUUGCCAGUCCAGAACCCCCUAUGAUCAAGACCUCCUGCCUGACCUGACCCAGGCAAUGAGUGAAGAGCUGCAGUUAGGCAGUGAUGAUGAUGAGCAGGCCAUCCAGGGUAAGCUGGCCAAGCACAAGAGGCAUAAGGCAAAGGCUCAAGAGGAAGCCCAGUUGGAGGUGGAGAGGCAAGAACAGGCCCAGCUUGAGGAAGAAAAGGCACAUGCAGAGGCUGAGGCACAGAGGGCAGAGGCUGCACACAAGGCUGAAGAGGCCAGGAAGGUGGCUGAGAGCUGGCAGGCAGAUGCCCUGGUAGGUAGCUCAACUGGGACCAGGACCAAUGUUGAGGCGAUGAGUCCUUGGGAGAAGAAGAAAAGGUUGAGGUGGUCAUCCACCAAAGUACUUGAGGGCACAGAUGAUGAGGAGGAGGAUGUAGGAGAAGGACCCUUGAUGAAGAAGGCCAGUGUGACAAAGGCAGCUGGUGCAGAGGUUGAGACUGGUUCAGUUCUGGCAAUGGUGCAGAAGGAAGUCUUGAGGAAUUUCUACCAGUUCACCCAGUCCUACAAGACUUACAUUGAGGAACACUUCAAGUUUCUUGCACCAGACAUGCCUUCAGACUGGGACACCACCAAUGAGGAAGACAGGGACAUUGAGGGGCUUGAAGAGGGGCUGGAGGGGCUGAGGGAGGAAGAGGAAAGCUGGUCCCAGUCUGAGUCAGGUGACCAGACCAGUGCCAGUUCUGCUGGGUCCCAGGCCUGA